AGCAUAGUUGGUGGGGGAAAGAUGGGAUAUGUUUUUAUUCUCUUUUCUCAUUCCAUUUAGUAGUAAACAAAGAAUACUUACAGAAGUAUAUAUUCGUGACCCCGCGACUCUAAAAACUAUUGCUAAUUGGUAAUAACAUGGUUGGAAAAUAUGCGAUACAACUGCUAACGAUAUCGAAUCUUACCUUACAAAAAUAUACUGCUAAAGAAAGAAAUGUAAACGUUCACUACGUGCACAUUCAAAUACAAUUCCCAAAAAUCAAUAUAAGUUUGUCCAGUGAGGCAUGACAGUUAACCAGCUGCACAAACACAACAUAAUGACAAUGCUGUAGUGUGCAUGUAGCUAAAAUUCACAAUGCGUCAGGUAUGGCAAUGCAAAAAUUGGGUUUUAGUUGAAAUUGUGAAUAAGUUUUAAUUCAUAUAAUUUAAAUUAAUAGUUCAGUUGCUUCAUUCGUAUUUUCCAAACAUCGUGUUAAAGUUGAUGUGCGCCAAAGAUUUCCAUAUGUAGGAGUUGUACCAUUUAAUUCUCAUUGCCAAUUCUGCCAAAUUUAGCUACAGAUAGGAAUAUGCCAAACAAGAAUCUAAUGGUGCAACAAUGCAACUCUACAGAAGGAAAUAUAUUUGCAAUCUAUUUUAUCUUAUUGACAUACUAUUAUAACUGUUUAAACAUAUAUAUAUAUCUUUAGAUACUGGGUUAGAAUCUCAUUAUGUCAGAUUACACAGAUGAUUGCUUGCUUAAUGAUAUUUUAUCAUUAGAGUCUAAUGAUGUUCAUGCAGACAAAGAAGAUGGGUUGCUUUUUUCUUCACAAACUGAUAAAUUUGGUGUCAGUAAUGAUGAGGCUUUAAACAACACAGAUAAAGAAUACACGGCAUCAUUUUCUCCGCAAAGUUCUUCAUUCAGUUCAUCUUUAACAACUUCCUACACUAAAAUAAGCGUCAAAUCAAAUAAACUUUCAUCAAGCUCUUCUGAAGUAAAAGAUACUUCAGACUCUGAGGUUCAAGGAAGGACUUACAUGGCGCUUUGCAAUGAACAGGAUAAACAGUUUUCAAGCAGUGAAACUUCAAGCCAGAUUGAGGAAACACCAUAUGUCCAGCAGCAAACAUCUCAGAGUUGGAUCAAAUUUGAUGAUGGCCAAGUAAAUGCUUCAUCUAACAUUGAUAAACCUUCCUAUGCAUUUCUUGCACACACUAACCAGCAAGUACCGGCAAUACCGAGCAGAAGAAUGUCAAAUAAUACAAAUAAAAUAGACCUUUUAACAAUGGACAGUGACUGCUUAAAUACUCCCCUUGAACAAACAAAUAAAGAAGUACCUCCAAUUCCUGACAGAGUUUUAUCUCCAAAAAAAAUUCCAUCCAAUACAUCUUCACCAUGCCAAAGUCCAUCACCUGCUAGCUUUGACUUCAGGCUUCCACCUCCAGCCUCAAGAGGAAGUUCAAUGAGAAGACAGUCUCGUGGUAGAAGUUCAGUUAACAAUCCAAGCACUGUUGGGACAAAAGAUAAAGUUAUUUUUCCUGUUACACCGACUUCAGUUAAAGGCCCCCCAGUCCCACCCCGUAAAGACUUACUUGGUGACCAGCCGCUUAAAACAAAACUUGAUAUAUUGGCUACUGCAUCUUCAUCCGACAGUUCUAGAAUAACCAAGGAACCCAGUGGCCCAACCUGGAUACAAUUUGAAGAAACCGUAAAAGGUGUAAACAGUUGUCAAUCACCAUCAGCUUUUGAAAAUGAUCUAAUUGGAGCUGGUUUUGAUUCUCAAAUAAAUGACGGAAGUAAAUCUUUCGACGAUUGUGUAUUUGAAGAAGGUAAGAUUGAAGUAAUGAAGCAAGAUGAAGGAGGAUGGCCAACCAUCACCCCAACACCAACCUCUUCACAAGGAUCACCAAAAUCUUUGCGAAAGAAGAAAGGAGGAUAUCAACAUUUGCCAAGUGAUUCAGAUGAGGAAAAAAGCAAUGUUUCAGAAAAUGCCACCGUGAAGAUAAAAGUAACGGAUUUAUCACCGAUGAAGCCGCUUUCAAGAUGGGCUCCAAUACAAAAUGAAGUUGAUGACGUGGCUGGUUCAUCAGGGAAUGUCAGUGCACAUAAUAGUUUAGGCGAUGAACUUGUAUCUGAAGAUCUGGGUUUGGAUGAUGACUUUGGUUUGAAUAGGCUUUCAACAGAGAUCAAUGGUUUAAGAGGAUUUAACCGUGCUGACAAAGGUUCCCAGAAUAAUUUGGUUGAUUUUUCUGGCUCUGAUGGAAAGAAUCAAGGAUCUGUUCGAUCCAGUGUCUGCAGUAGUGCUGAAGAUGAAGAUCUUGAAACAAUAUUUGAUAUGACGGCCAAGGGAGACAGUUUAAAGCGGAAAAGACACAAAAAGAUACAGGAAAACAUUCCAGGUACUUCACAAAAUGAACCUGCAAAACCUGAAAAUAUUAAAGCAAACACCAACGAAACAAAAGAAGAGGAAAAUUUGAAUUUAAACCCUCAAACCAACCCUUUCUGGACGGCUUCUCCAAUUGGAGAUACUUCAUCCCUUGCCUCAAGUACUGGGGAAGGCAAUCCAUUUGAAAGAAUCCAAUUCCAAUCCGUAUCAUCCGCACCAGCUGCAAAACAACUCUUUCCAACCAUCCCUCCACCUCCCAGUACAGGAAAAGUGAGGUCAACGUCAGGGAGUUAUAGAAGAAGAAGAGAAGUAUCAGCGUCCUCUCCCUUUCAACCCAGCAAUGUAGAAAGUGAUGAUCUUUCCGAAGUUAAUGAACGUAAAAUAGUCAACACUCCUGAAGCAUCAACUUUAUUAAACACCAGUGUAAAAAAUGAGGAUACAAUUUCCACCCUGUCAAAUUCAGUAGAUCCUAUAGUAGUUCCCACUGCAGCUCACUCAUCCACACCAGUAAGCAUGUUGGAUGAUAUUUCCUGCACGGGUAUAUCAACAAAGAAGGAAGAAAGCAGCGAGAAAAAUAUUUUGAAUACUACUCUGUCGUUGCUGGAUAUUUCUUUACAACCUAAAGAUGAUUCUUUAAUAAAUGCUCCUGAUGUAGAUGUUCUUACUUGCUCUGCCAUGCAGCUUGAUCCUGUUUUUCCUGCUAGCAUCCUCCAUGAUAAAUCUAUGGAGUCUUUGGAGAAGUUACAAAAAGCGAUCUCGGUUGAGAGUCCGGACUCCACAGAUGUGGUGGAGACAAAGAAAUCCUUCGCAAGUGUGAAGAUUAUUCCUAGGUUGACCGAGUGGAGCAUGUUAAUGAGGUUCCCUCGCCAAAAAAGAGUAAUGAGUACUCGCAGAUGGGUUCCUAUUUAUGUCAGGCUAAACAUAUCAAAGCCUGAACGCCCUAGUCUACAGCUAUUUCACACAAAGACAUCAAAAGAUCCGUUUUAUGUUGUGUCACUAUCACAACAUGAUUGGCAAAUGACUGAACCAACAUUGCAAGCAAGAUUUAGCAGCAGUGAUGAUUUAUCUGAUGUUGAUGCAAUGUUAGCAGCCAAACGUAAAGUUCACUCUGUUAAGUUACUUCAUGUGCGAUACAAGGAAAAAGUUGCCUUUUCAACCAAACAAGACAAAAUUCUGAUGAAGCCGCCUGUUGGGUUCAAGCAUUCUUUGAGGUGGAAACAAGCCAUCAAAAUUGGGACAGAAAAAUAUUCCGACCUGUGUAGCUUCAUUGCUUCAAUAAAAGAUGCUGCUUUCAAUGCAAAUAGGUUGCCAGGGUUUGUAAAAAAAGAAGUUGCAGAUCCCGAACAUUCACCUGUUGUCAAGUAUCAUUCAAGAGAUGAGAUUGUGUUUGAUUGCAAGGAUGAAUUUAAGGGCUUUGUGACUUCCAGUGGUGAAAUUAAAGCUUGUGAAGUCACCGUGAAUGUUUUUGUUACUUCGUUUCUUUCUGGUGAUCCAAUGGCAACUGUCACAUUUAAUGACGCAGAGGUUGAAGGUAGAGAAGUGGUUAGGAGAGAAGACAUCAUGCCAAGUAGUAACUCACAGUGGGUGGAAAUACAUGACGUGGCAGUUCAUCGAUGCAGUGCACCUCAUGGAUAUGAUAAACAGAAUGCUUCAUUAACUUUCUAUCCACCUGAUGCUUGCAGAUUCCAACUCUCCAAAUUCCAUUGCCCAUACCGUGAAUCAAAUCUUCCGAUCACUGUAAAAGUAACCGCUCACGUGAAAUCUAAUCAUGUGAGUUUACGAUGCAUCUUGCGAUCCAGUGGAACUCAUAGUUCAAAUAAAGAUCCUUUGGCUCAGGUUCCAUGUGAGGAUCUCAACAUUCGAUUCUUCGUACCACCAAGCUGGGUGCCUGCAUUCAGGCGUAGUGGAAGAUUCCGUAUUAAAUCUGUUCAUGCGAAACGAAUUAUAAAAAGAUCAUCUGCAGCCAGGUCCACAUUUGCUCAUAUGGAAGCCACGAUAGGUUCCGCUAAAUAUGAAGCUGCUCAUGGUGCUGUGGUGUGGAGGGUUGCAAGAUUUCCAGGGAAAAAUGCUGCUCAAAAUACACCUCAAGUAUUUUCGUGUGCGCUCGACCUUGCAUCUGACCUUGAUCUUCCCCGUCGUGAUGUCAUUGGUGAUGAUGUCAUGAAUACAUUCACUCAAUGUGAAGUAGAAUAUACGAUGCCGAGUGCAACAGCAUCGGGGACAUGCGUGCGUUCUAUCCAUCUACCCAACACUAACAAAGCUGAGAAGUUUACAUGUUACAGCGCACGCUAUUUCUACAAAGUUGAUAUGACAGUAACCCACUAUCAUGACACAAACACAAGUGAAACAACGGACUGCACGGUUCAGUGAACACCAAAGUCAAGUUUUUUGUACAGGCAACAUAUGAAUAUUAAGUAUUUGUAGUUCAUGUCAUUUGCUUGGUACUGCCACAACACUACGUUAUAUUUUUUGCUGCUUACGUUGUUACAUUAUGAAGCAGGGUUUCUCAAACAGUUGUUUAACUAACAAUAAUUUAUGAAAAGUUUCACCUUGUUUUAUGUAUGGUUGUAAAAUAAGAUCAAGUGUGCCAUGAACUAAAAAAGUUUUGAGAACCCCUGCUACAAAGGCUCUAAUAGUUAAGUAGGGCCCCCUAUUUUACUUUCGAAUACCCUUGAAGCAAAUAUGUGGCUGUGCAUAUUUACUAUGCAUAUUCACCACUGUCUUCAGCACUGUGCAAUCAAUUCUUCCCUGUUAUUGCUGCGGGCGUGCCAUAUAUUAUUACUGCAGCAAAUAUAAAGACAAAUAGUAAUAACAAUUGAAUAUUUUUUACAACGUUGCUGGUCACUUGGUUCUGUAUUAUUUAGAUCACUUUUAGUGUUACAGGUGUUGUAUUGUAAGAAGUAAAUAAUUUAUUUUUGGCGUCUAAUGGCGUCCGCGUGGUGACGCUCUCUCAACUGUGCAUGCUUUCUUAGCUUAUGUUCACUAAUAAUUUGUAUUUAUUGCCAGUUUUAAGUUGUUUUUUUUAAUGUUCCCAUAUUUUAUAACCGUUUUCAAACAUCAUAACUCGUUAUGACCUGGUACAACAUCAAGACACCUAAGCGUAUGCACCAGUAAAACACUGUAGUGUCAAAUUUUGUUACAAAAUUUAUUAUUCCAUUAAGAAAGCAUCUUCGGUACUGUGGUUUCUCUUUUCAUAUAACACUUAAUUGCUAGUUCCUGCAACAAUGAAAUGUGUCUAAAUGCUUUUGCAUCUGUAAGCAAUUAUUGUUCGGUGCUACCUGUAAUGAUAUUUCUGUCAUUUCAUGUGUCCUAUUUGUCAGUGUUGUAAAAGAAACGACUCAUUCUCAUUGUACCUCUUGUCCUCUUGUAUAUCAGUGAUUGUAGAAAAGCUGCUUUAGAUGCAACCAAGUAACAUUGUCAGUGACCUGCGAAUGGUAGCUUACAUAUCUCUGUUCAAUCAGUCUUUUACUUUCGUUGGUUACUGCUGCAUGGAAAAUACAAAGCCGCUUAUAGUU